GUCGCAUUUAAUUAUCACCUCUUGCAGCCGACGACAAAUUUGCCGUGGUGCUGACAUUCCCCCGACUCAAUCGCUCCUUCAUUACUUUCCACCCCAAGGUUCAAUUGGUGCGAUUAGUCACUGGUUGUUCUCUUUGAUAGUUUUCCCGGAGCUUCCGCACAACUACAUAUCCACGCUCGGCAUUCCGACUCAUUCCAAUCUCCUGAGUCACCACACCCAACAAUAGCCCAGCAUGUCUGGAUACCAGCAGUACUCAGGAAAUCCCUAUGGCCAGGAAGAAGCUGGCUAUAGCGGAUCAAACCCGUACGAAGGCGCACCUGGUGGUUAUGGAGCUUCGAACCCGUAUGGUGGUCAAGAGGAGCGGUUGAAUCCACAUCCACCGCUACAGCAUGGCGACUCGAACUACUCUCAGCCCUCCCAGUACUCAAUGAGCGCACCUCCAACACACCAGGGUGGCGCGUCGCUGAGCCGCGAAGAUUUCCUGGCUCGCAUCGAGGGGGCUAAGGGCAGGAUCACCCAGCUCACAUCGAGCAUCCAGCAUAUUGCAACAAUGCACCAGCGCAUGCUGUCGUCACCUGAUACCAGCGCAUCGGCUCAACUGGAGAGCAUUGUAUCAGAGACUCAGGUUCGGAACACGCAGAUCAAAGAUGAGAUAAAAUUCCUCGAGCAUGACGCGGCGCGAGAGCCGAACAACACGUUUAAGAAGAGUCAAGUGGACACAUUGAAGCGCAACUUCAAGGCCCAGUUGGAGGAUUUCCAGAAUGAAGAGUCGUCUUACUCAAAACGUUAUCGCGAAGCUAUUGCCAGGCAGUACCGCAUUGUCAACCCGGACGCGACGGAGCAGGAGGUUCAAGAGGCGGCGAACGCUGACUGGGGCGAUGAGGGUAUCUUUCAGACUGCGCUCAAGAGCAACCGUAGCGGACAGGCUUCGAGUGUCCUUGGCGCAGUUCGGGCGCGGCACAACGACAUCCAACGUAUCGAGAAGACACUGGAACAGCUUGCUUUGCUGUUCAACCAACUUAACGAAGCAGUUGCCUACCAAGAAGAACCAGUCAAAAAGGUCGAAGAUGGGACUACAAAUGUCCUUAGCGACACCGGAAAUGCCAACAAGCAGUUAGAUUCGGGCAUCGCAAGUGCUAGGCGCGCAAGGAAGCUCAAGUGGUGGACGCUACUUACGUUCAUCGCCAUCAUCUGUAUUCUUGCUCUGAUUUUGGGCCUAUACUUUGGAUUGAGGAACAACGGCGGCAAGUAGAGGGUGGUUGGGAGUGCCUAGCCUGCGGUGUGGGAGAGGGUCAGAAGUUCGCAAAGGAUAGGCUACGAAUGUAUUCAUUCGCUGUUUAUAAUGUUAAUAGCAGACUGCAAUUUGAAGCUUCGUUGUAGAUACGAAGCGAGUUCGGAAGUAAUUCGACACAAAGCAACUUUGGGAAGCAAUAAUAAGGACACUGUAGAAGGAAUAAUAAGGACACUGUAGAAGGAAUAACAAGGACACUGUGGAAGUAAUAAUAAGGACACUGGGGAACUUGGAGUACGACUGCUCCCUGUAAACGGACUGUCUGCGCACUUGGGAUUUCUCG